UCAUCGAACUAAAAAGAAAACAAUAUCACUUCUCUAAUCCUUCUCUUUUAUCAUCAUUCAUCUCUCUCUCUGCUGCUGUCUCACUCACUCUUUCUUUCGCCGUCCGGCCGCCGUCCUCCACCUUUUUUCAUUUUCCGGUGACUGUCUUCCACGUUCAUCCUCUUUAAUCCCUCAUCCUAUCCUCACAGGAUGGUGGCUCUUUCAAAUUCUUUGCUCUUACCAACAAACCCUUCUCUCCAUUUCUCUUCUGGCUCUAGUUUGAAGUCAGCAGACCAAAGUGUCAGUGGCACCAUCAAGUUGGCCUUCAGUCCAAGGAGUAGAGGAAAAUCAUCCUCAUCUAGAAGUUCAUUGACCGUUCAAGCAGGAUAUAGUGAUGGUGGAAGGCCAGGCAAUACCAGAAUCUUUGUUGGUGGCUUUCUUUUAGGAGGAGUAAUCAUUGGUGCACUUGGUUGUAUCUAUGCGCCUCAGAUUAGCAAGGCAUUAGCUGAAACAGAUAAGAAGGACCUCAUGAGAAAAUUGCCCAAAUUUAUAUAUGAUGAAGAAAAAGCAUUGGAGAAACAGCGCAAGAUACUAACGGAGAAGAUUGUUCAGCUGAACGACGCUAUUGAUGACAUUUCCAACCAAUUGAGGUCGGGAGACGCACAAAAUGGAGUUGCUGUGAACCUAGAUGAAGUUGAAACAAUUCUAUAAGAACACUUCUAUUGGUUUCAUGUGAAGGGAUAAACUUCCACAAGACAUUGCGAUAUUCCAAGAGCAUUCCUGGUUGUGGUUUUAGUAUAUCCUUAGUGCUGCUAUGAAAUGUGCAAACAAAGGAAUAAAAUGUGAAUCUUUAUUAUGUUUCUGAUAUGUACCGCAGCUUCAAACUCUAAUAUUUGCGCUUAUGCAAUCCUUUUUACCUCA